UUUUGAUUUUGUAUAAAUAUUUAUGUUAAGAUUCCCCAAAGAUGCUAAGAAACGCCGACUUUGGUUGAGGGCACUGAAUCGGGAUGGAUUUGUACCCAGUGAGCAUUCCUGUGUGUGUUCAGAGCACUUUGUGUCUGGUUGGCACAGUGAUGACCCCUCGGAUGAGAAUUACGGUUCGACUAUAUUCUUAUACAAGGAGAAGCCUGUUGAUGCUGAGAGACAGAGCCGAGCAGCCAGAAGGAAUAUACAGAAGGAUUUUAGAGAAGCAGAGUACAGGCAGAAGGAGCGAGAGGGUAAGCAGUUGAGCUUUUCCUUGUUCAGCCACUCGUCUUACGCGAGGAGUGAGAAGGAAGAAGGCCAGGAUCCAGAGAGAGAGGAGGCGGAGCAGGACGACGUUGACAUUGGGGUCAAGCACACAAGAGAUAUGGGUGUACAGUGUGAUCCAGACCCACUGUUACAAGAGAAUAUGGCCUUGAAAGCUGAGCUGAGGAGGUUACAGGGUCAUAAGUGUCGGCUGACAAGAUAAAGGAUGAUGACACCAAGACAAAAUUCUACACUGGACUGCCUAGCUUUGCAGUUUUUAUGUGGCUAUUCAACCACCUGGUGCCCAAGUGCAAAGAGAUGGUGUACUGGAGAGGUUCUUCUGCUACCCCUGGAGAGAGGACACGACCGAGACGCGCGAUGUCAUUGGAGCUUAUAGAUCAGUUUCUUGCCACGAUGAUGUGACUUAAAGUUGGAUUAUAUGUUGAAGCUAUUGCUGAACGCUUUG